GCCGAGCCUUGACCCUUGCGCCCCAGUGCCCGGGGCCGCGACGCACUUCGAACCGAUGCACGACGCAGCUAAUUAAAAGCCAGUGAGAGUCGCCACCAUGAGCGAUCCGAUCGACGACCAGAGCGAUGACGUCGAAGGCGGUCUGCUUGGCCAGCCCCAGCCGCAGCCCCUGCAGUGCGCGGCCAGCGCCAACCCGAGUCGGAGGCCCUCCCUGGAGCUGUGUCGCCGCGUGGCGCUGUUCAUCACCAUGCUGGUGGUGGUCGCCGUCCUCGCGGCCGUGUUCGCCUACUUCCUGGGCUGGGCGUCGCUCGUGCAGGUGGUGGUGGUGGCCGCGGCCGUGUACCUGUGCACGGGGCGGCGCUACCGCUGGUUCUACGUCGCGGCCAAGACAGCGCCCCGAGACCUCAGGGCCUUCACGCGCUUCCUGCGCGUCCAGUGGAUGAUCCACGGCCUCGCCAAGCGCAAUGCCUCCGUCCCGGACAUGUUCCGCGACAUGGCCGCCAAGUACCCGGACAAGGUGUGCCUCAUGUGCGAGGAGUCGCAGAUGACGUUCGCCGAGGUGGACGCCUACUCCAACAAGGUGGCCAACGUGUUCCUGGAGCACGGCUACCGCAAGGGCGACGUGGUGGCGCUGUUCAUGGACAACCGGCCCGAGUUCGUGUGCCUGUGGCUGGGCCUGGCCAAGCUGGGCGUCGUGGUGCCCCUCAUCAACUACAACCUGAGGCUCAACUCCCUGCUGCACUCGGUCACCGUGGCGGACUCGCAGGCCCUCAUCUACUCCAGUGAGCUGUCGGACGCCAUGAAAGACAUUUCCAAACAACUGCCCUCUAAAGUAGCUCUCUACAGCUGGAGCAGCACACCAAACAAUUUCUCUCAUGGGUUGGCAGAAAAAAAUCUGACUGCCCUUCUUCACAAUGCUCCGAGCACUGAGCCCAGUGUGCCCGAGAAACCGUCAUUCAAUGACCGUUUGGUGUACAUAUACACAUCUGGAACCACUGGCUUACCAAAGGCAGCUGUUAUUACAAAUGCUAAGUUCAUAUUCAUCACUGCUGCAAUCAGGAGACUCUCGGGAUUCCGAAACAGUGACAGGUUUUACUGCCCGCUACCUCUGUAUCACACUGCAGGCGGUUGCAUGAGUGUAGGUCAGGCCUUAUUAUUUGGAUCGACUUUGGUUAUUCGUAAGAAGUUCUCUGCAUCUGCCUAUUUUUCCGACUGCCUCAAAUUUGAGUGUACGGUGGCCCAAUACAUUGGCGAAAUGUGCCGCUACAUUCUUUCAACACCGGCAAAGCCUGAAGAUACUCAACAUAAGAUACGACUUAUGUUUGGAAAUGGUCUUCGUCCUCAAAUCUGGAAAGAAUUUGUAGAUCGUUUCAACAUCCCUGCCGUAGCUGAAUUUUAUGGUGCAACUGAAGGCAAUGCCAAUAUUGUUAACAUUGACAAUACAGUGGGUGCUAUUGGAUUUGUCUCUCGGAUUAUUCCAGCUGUUUAUCCUAUCUCAAUUAUAAAAGUAGAUCCCUUUUCUGGGGAGCCUAUUCGUGACAAAAAUGGCUUGUGUAUCCCCUGUGCACCAGAUGAACCUGGGGUUUUUAUUGGAAAGAUAACAAGCAAUCCAUCAAGAGCCUUCCUUGGAUAUGUGAACAAAAAAGAUUCGGAAAAGAAAGUGGUGCAUGAUGUUUUCACCAAAGGAGACAUGGCAUUUUUAUCAGGCGAUUUACUGGUUGCUGAUGAAUUUGGAUAUCUUUAUUUCAAAGAUAGAACUGGAGACACUUUCAGAUGGAAAGGUGAAAAUGUAUCUACCUCAGAAGUUGAAGCAGUCGUGAGCAAUGCAGCUGGUUAUCGUGAUGCAGUGGUGUAUGGAGUUGAGGUCUUUGGAAAUGAAGGGCGCGCUGGCAUGGCAGCAAUUCUUGACCAGGAAGAUAAUUUGGAUCUCCAGGCGAUUGCAGAGGGAGUUCGAAGAGCUCUACCAGCGUACGCAAGACCCCAGUUUAUCCGUGCGUUGCGACAAGUUGAAAUGACAGGAACUUUCAAGUUGAAGAAAAAGGAUCUUCAGGCAGAGGGCUUCAAUCCCUCUUCAGUGAAGGACAAGAUUUACUACUUCACUUCCAAAGGGGAAUACCAACUCCUCACUGAUGCUGCCUAUCAAGAGAUUGUUGCUGGAAAGAUCCGGUUUUAAGAAACAUUAUUACUACGUAUUAUCAUUAUUAUUAUUGUUAUUAAUGAGUACAAAAUUCAAAGAAUUGAAGACUUGUUGAAGGGCGGUCGAUCUUACCGUCUGUUUUUAAAGCUCACAAAUGUGACCUUUUUACUCAAACGGAAAGAUGCUUAACAUUGCAUUUUUUUAUGUCUUAAAGAUUUGUUGUUAAAGUUUUUUGUGUGACCAAAAACGUAACGAAUGAAACAAGGUAACUCUUUCUUGUUCCUGCAUAUGACUUCAAACUAAGAAAGAGAAAUUUAAUGUUUUCUUUCUGUUGUCCUUUUGAAUAUGUGACAUAGUGAUAAAUUCAUUUUAGGUUAAGGUGUAGCUAUAUAAACAUUGACUGUUGAAAUACUUGCCAAUUGCAAACAUCGAAACUUUAUUAGGUCCUAAUGAACCACAUUACUGUAAAUAAUGAGUCCUUCAGUUGAAGAUCAAAUACUUCUGGUAUUGCAGCGGUGUUUUAUGUAAGUUUUCUUUUAUUGGCUUCUUGUUUGCUUAUGCAUUUGAAUUGCCUCAUGUUUUUCUUCCUGCAUAUAGUUCAUGUUUUAUUAUUUUAAAACUACUUAAUCAUGAUACAAUACUGGAACUUUGAUUUAUUGUAUGAGUUUUUGUUGCUCAAAUCAAAAUUUUGCUGAAGGUAUUUCAAGUAGAGUAGCUUUUUAACUCUUAGUGAAUGAUUUGAGACUGUAAAGACACAUUAGAAGUCCAUGAUUGCCCACGUCAUUGUCAUUUAGAAAACAAUUUUUGUAUUCCUAUAGUUGUUAUAGUGUUAGUGCUUAUUUGCUUCCUCAGUUUCUGCCACCCUGUGGGGUGUGACCAUCAUGGUUUAAAUUUUUAAUUUUUGUGUAAAAGAAAAUUAGUAUUUUUUUUUGUUUUACCGUUAAUUUACCAUGCCACUUUCUUGGCAUUUCUGGAUUGCAAAGAACUGACUUAUGAGCACAAAUAUGCCAAUAUGGGAUGGAAGGGUUGCUGUUCUGCUGGCAGGGCACUUUUAAAAUGUGGCUGCUUCCAUAAACAUUUAUUUUUACCUUUCCUCUUUACAAAUAUUUUUUUCUGACUGAUGAUUUUACAAAAUUACCAAAUGCACAUCUUGCAAAUUGCGAAAGGGUAUUGUUUUAUGGUUUCACUGUUACAAGCUAACUGUGAUAAAGAUUUUGUAAUUCUAUUCAUUGUAUUUUAGAAUCCAACUUAACUUAAUCCUUCUAUAUUUUUUUAUAAAUUUCCCAUUGCUAUGGUAAAUGCAUGUACGUUUAGCAUCUUAAAUUUGGAAGAUAUGCUAAUCUUGUGUAUUACUGUACUCUCUUGUGUUUUGUUAUCUGUUCACCUGAACAACGCAUGGUUUUGAUCAAUCAUUCAUUUUCAUAUGACUGGG